AUGGAGUUCAACCAGCCAUUAAAGAGAUCUAGAGAUGAGUUCGAACUGGAUAACUUCCAGCACCCUCAGGAUCAACAGGAACAAGAAGAAAAAAGACAACAUAUUGAUCCAGCCAAAGAGUUGGUCAAUAAUGUAUGUAAAGAUAUUCGUAGAAUAGGUGAAAAUUCCAAUAUUGUCAAUCAAAUUGAUGAUGUUUCAUAUAUUUCUAAUCCAAUAGUUGCCGAAUUUGAAAAGAUUGACGAAUUAAGAAAUUCUAUUUUAGCAACUAUAUAUUCAAUUAUAAUUGAACAACCUCAAAAGAUUAAUGCUAUCAGUAAUUUAAUUUUAAUAUGUAAUGCAAAGAAUUUUGUAGUAGCUAAAUACGUCAUUGAAUAUCUUCAUACAAAAGUUCAAGAAUUAUUAGAUAAUGUAGGAGCUGUUAAAUCAGAAGACAAUAAAGAUGAAGAAAAUGAUAAGAAAGUAAUUAAAGAAAUUGAUGAAUUAGAAGAAAAUGCAGGUAUUUUCAAUAAUAUCAAAUCAAUUUUAAAAUUCUUAGCUACUUUAUCUCCAAUUAUUGAAAAUCAUUCAAUUAUAAAUAUUUUUAGACAAUUUCUUCAAUUAUCCAUAGAUUUACAAAAUAAUUCAUCUUCCAGAAAUGGUAUUGCUCAAGAAAUUUUUUAUAAUACUUUAAUUUCAAUUCCUUAUAUACUAACCAAUGAAUCGGGUACAUCUCAAGAUGAAGUAAUUGAACUUAUUAAUAAAGAAUUAAUUGAAUUAGCUAAAACUUUCCAAAUCAUUGAUGAUGGUUCCAAUUCACUCGUACAACCAUUCGAUUCAAAAUUAGACAAUUAUGAAUUACCUUAUCAACCAAAGAAAUUAAUUGAUUUAAUCUUACCAUCUAUCUUAGAUUUACAAUCUAAAAAUUGGAGUAGCGAUUUAUUCUUAGAAUUCCAAGAGUUAUUAGAACCAAUCAUUAAAGAAGCCUUAUCUAAUAAUGAAAUUUCUAAUGAAUUAAUUCAACAUAAAUUACCACAAUUUAAAAUCCCUGAAUUAGAUAUCUUAACAAAUUAUAAACCUCAAGGUUCAAUUGAUAAAUUAUGGUAUGAAAAUACAAGAUUAAUCUUUCAAGUUUAUAAUAUCACUACUGAUUUUGAGACUGUUCCAUCCAUUGAAUCAUUUUAUGGAUUAUUCUUUAAAGAUAUUAGUUCUGAUAUUUUAACUAACUUAUCAUUUAAUAAAAAUGAAGCCGCCAUUCAAUUAUCAAUUUUAGAUUUAUUCUAUAAUAGAAAUUUAUUUGCUCCACCAGGAUCUUCUAUUGAUACUUUAACUGCUAUUCAUAAAGAUAAUGAAUCAGGUGAAAAUGCUCCACCUUUAUCUACUUGGAAAGUUGAAGAUAUAGCUGUUGAAAGUAUUCUUACAAUGAUUUUCCAAUUACCAACACCUUUACAUAAAGAAAUUUAUUACUAUACCGUAUUAAUUUCAUGUUGUAAAGAAAGUCCAGAAUCAAUUGCACCAGUUUUUGGUAGAGCUAUUAGAUUAUUCUAUAAUAAUUUAGAGACUUUAGAUUUCGAAUUAAAAAUUAGAUUUAUGGAUUGGAUGACUACUCAAAUAUCUAAUUUUGAUUUUAGUUGGAAAUGGGAUGAAUGGGUUGAUGAUUCUAUUAGAUUAAAGAAUUUAAGAUAUCAUCCAAAGAAGAAUUUCAUUAGAAAUUUAAUUGCUAAAGAAAUUAGAUUAAGUAAUAAGCAAAGAAUUCAAGAAAGUUUUAUAACUAUAAAUCCAGAAACUUCUGAGAUGGAAAAUAUUAAAGAAUUUGAACAAUAUUUGAAUAUUUCUUUAUUUGAGAAUGAAUCAAAAUAUAUUGUUGAAUAUGAUACAGAAUUGUAUGGUGGAAAGGAAGAAGUCCAAAAUGUAUUGGAAGAUUUAUUGAAUGAAAAACAACAAGAUUUAAGAAGCAGAAAUGUGGUUGGAGCUCAAGAAGAAAUCUUUUACAAUUUUUAUCAUCAAGAUUUACCAUUAGGUGAAUUAAGUCAAAAAGUUAAUGAUUUUAUUAUGUCACAUUAUAAACCAAACAAUGAAUUUGAAGAAUUAUAUGAAGAAGUGUUAGAAAACUGUCGUACAUCAUUUCCAGAAAUCAAUUCCGAAAAGUUUAUCAUCAACUUAUUCUUUCAAACUUAUGCAUUCAUUGGUUCCAGAUCAAUUUAUUCAGUGGUUAGUAUUUUAGAUCGUGAUGUUAAUAAAUUGAGAUUCUUAAGUGGGAACUUUGAUAAGAUUCAUUAUUUUAAGGAAACCAAUGAAGUUGAAUUUAAGAAUGUUGAAUUAACUCCAGAACAGAUUGAAAAUCGUCAAAAUUGGAUUAUUGAUUCCAUCUUAAGAAUUUGGAUUCAUCAACCUCAAGUGGCCUUUUUGAUUUUAGAGUAUUUAAUUGAGUUUGAAAUUAUAAUUCCUAAAUUCUUAUUAUCCAAAUGUUUAGAGCUUAAUCAUAAUUUGGUUAUUGAUAAUGUUUCAUGUAUGGAAUCUAUCAAUAGAGUAUUAUCUUCAUUAGUUAAUAAUGGAGAUAAGGAACAAUAUGGAAUUACUAUCUUACAACUCCUUAAAUCCAUUGUCAAUAAUUUAAAUGAAUUAUCACAAACUUUACAAGUUGAUAAUAACGAGAAGAUCGUUAUAACCAAAGAAUUUGAUGACCUGAUGGAUGAACAAACUUCAACUAUCAUCGAUAAGCAAUGGUUAUUUUACGAAUACAAGGGAUUACUUAAGUCUUACUUCCGUAAGUUCAUUAAGGGUCAUGCUGUGGCUACUGAAGUAAUUGAUGACAUUAAAUCAUUAUUACAAUCCAUUGAAAAUGUCCCGGCCAAGACGGAUGUAGAAACUUGGUUAUACGACAUUUAA